UGCCGGCGCCUCCGAGCCCGCCGAGGCCGGCCCGCGGGGCCACCGAGGAGCCCAGCGAGGGCCGCGCGGCGGACUGUCGCCGUUGUCACUGUGGACGCGGAAGUGCGCCUUCCUCGGUUUGCCUGAAAAUAGGGGCUUGCGGCUCGCAGACAGGUGGAUCCGAUCGGGUUCAAGGGAGACCCCUCUGCGCGUCCCGGCGCGGCCGGCCCGGGGUCCCCUGCUGCGCGGGAGGCGCUGUGAGCUCAGGGUCUCCCAGAGGCGACAGCCCCCCGGGAGUGCGGGCCCCUAAACGGGGCCUUUGCUGCUGUGCCUAGCCUGGCAGCAAGGCUGUAACCGUGGGAGAAUUCAGCUUCCUACCCAAGCAAAAUGAAGAUUUUUUUGGUAGAACCUGCCAUUUGCCUUAGUGCAUUUGCUAUGGCUUUGACCUCUCCGCUGACAACACAGUAUGUGUAUAGGAGGGUAUGGGAAGAAACUGGCAACUACAGUUUUGUAUCCAACAAUAUUUCUGAGUGUGAACAAAACAAAAGCAGCCCGAUUUUUGCAUUCCAGGAGGAAGUUCAGAAAAAAGUGUCUCUUUUUAAUCUGCAGAUGGACAUAAGUGGGUUAAUUCCUGGUCUAGUGUCUACGUUCCUACUUUUGUCUCAUAGUGAUCAGCAGGGACGAAAAUUCCCUUUGAUUUUGGCCUCUGUCGGUGCCCUGGCAACUAAUGUUUGGCUCUGUUUGCUUUCCUAUUUUGCCUUCCCAUUCCAGCUUUUGAUUGCAUCUACCUUCAUUGGUGCACUUUGUGGCAAUUAUACCACAUUUUUUGGAGCCUGUCUUGCCUACAUAGUUGAUCAGUGUAAAGAAGAGAAACAAAGAACAAUUCGAAUAGCUAUAAUUGACUUCCUACUUGGACUAGUUACUGGAUUAACAGGACUGUCUUCUGGCUAUUUUAUUAGAGAACUAGGUUUUGUGUGGUCGUUUUUAAUUAUUUCUAUGGCUCAUCUUGUUAACUUGAUUUAUAUUUUAUUUUUUCUUGGUGAUUCAAUGAAACAGUCUUCAUCUCAGAAUGUUUCCACAUCCUGUAGUGAAAGCUUUAAAAACCUAUUUUACCGAGCUUACCUGCUUUUUAAAAAUGCUCCUGGUGAGCGACGGUGUUUGCUCUGUUUGUUACUUUUUACAAUGAUCACUUAUUUUCUCGUGGUGAUUGGCACUGCUCCCAUUUUUAUCCUUUAUGAGUUGGAUUCACCACUCUGCUGGAAUGAAGUUUAUAUAGGUUAUGGUUCAGCUUUGGGUAGUCUGUCUUUUUUGACUAGUUUCCUAGGAAUAUGGAUUUUUUCUUACUGUAUGGAAGAUAUUCAUAUGGCCUUCAUUGGAAUUUUUACCACCACAGCGGGAAUGGCUAUGACCGCUUUUUCCAGAACAACAUUGAUGAUGCUUUUAGUCAGACUGCCGUUCCUUUUCCUUAUUGUGCCGCUCUCUGUUCUGCGGUCCAUGAUGUCAAAAGUGGUUCAUUCUACUGAACAAGGUACCCUGUUUGCCUGUAUUGCUUUCUUAGAAACACUUGGCGGAGUCGCUGCAGUUUCUACUUUUAAUGGAAUUUAUUCAGCCACUGUUGCUUGGUACCCAGGCUUCACCUUUCUGCUGUCUGCUGUUCUAUUACUAAUUCCAGCAAUCAGUCUAUGUAUUGUCAAGUGCACCAGCUGGAGUGAAGGAAGCUAUAUACUUUCUGUACAAGAAGAAUCCAGUGAAGACGCUUCUGACAGUUGAUUGAUUGUGAUUUUUAAAAAGCAAAAUGCACAUAUCAUAUCCUCUGACUUCUGAAGAAUAUAAACCAGCCCCAUAAUCCUUUCGUCAUGAAUAAUCAAUGCUGCAGAUCCAGGCUGCUAAACUGAGCAGUGAGACAGCCCCGGCUCCCGCUUCUGACAGUACCACUCACUCUGAGCACUUUAUGACUAUCACGUGAGAGGUUUCCAGUGCAUAGAAGAACAAAUCGCAAAACACUUCCCACUUUGGGACUCACAAAAGAAACUGAAACGUCCUGGUAUAAGGAGGGAUUAAGACGCUUGAUUCAAUCAAAAGCAAUAAUCUCCCUCCCAUGCUCCAGUCUCUCACACUGACACCGAGGAGAGCUCUUUACCUCAGUUUCAUCAUCUGCACAAAGGGUGUCUGACGUCUCACAAGGACUUUGAAGGCAUAACUGUUGAAAAUUAUGAUAAAUCUUUCACUGAUAGGAAACUAAUGAUGGGAGUUCAAAUAUUUAUAAUAUAAUUUUACCGCUCCUUGGGUAAUGCUUUGUUUUAUAGAACCCAUCAGCUGUUAUUGAUAGUCAAAACUUUUAAUCAAUGCAAAAUCCUUAAAAGGGAAGGACUUUAAAGAAUACAUAUUUUCACUUUUCCUAAUAUGUUUCAUCAGUGAACAGGCAUGAUAAUAUUUCUACAUGUAACAUAGGGGUGACUGGAAAAAAAUAAGAUUAUAAAUAAAAUUGUUUCUAAAGAAAUGUAAAAACAGUAAACAGCUAAAAGGGAAGUAAUUAAUAUCAUAGAGCCAAUAUUCGUUCCUUAUUUCUGUCAAAGGUUAUCCAUUUCUUUCUGCCUUGACUCAUCCUGGGAUCCACCCUGGGCCCUGAAAACACCACAUUCUCUCAUGUCUCCUGUCUUUUGACAUGCUCUUCCAUUUGCCCUUUCUCCCUCGUGACACUGACGUUUUCAAGUCUCAGCCGAAACAUUGCUGCUUCUGGGUAGCCUUUUUGACAUUUCUUCCCUAUUCCUACACCCGCCACCCCACCGUCCCGGCAGGGCUCCCAGAACACUGCGUAUACUUCCGUCCUAGCAUAUCCCACUGCCUUGUCAUGUUUGUUUCCCUAUUUGACAAUGAGCACCUUGAGGACAGGGACCAUCUUUGAUUACUUAUCAUAUCCUCAAUAAAUGUUUGUUGAACUAAAUGACUACAAAAUUUUGUUUUAAGUUGUAAAAAUAAUUUAAAGCUAUAUAUUUAAUGCAUCAUGAGAGUAACCACUGAUAUCAUGCCAUAGUCAUUAAGCCAGCCUUGCAAAUAAAUUGAAAAAUAUGCUAGCUCAUACACUUUUUAAGUGGGUCUAUAGUAUUUUCACAGGUCCUUCAGUACCUCCCAUUUUCUAAGUUACCUUAUGUAACACAUGCCUUGAAGGACAACUAGAUGAUUAACUUCUUCAUAAUCUCUUGAAAGCAGAUACAGUCUUCUGUCUGAGAGCAUUGCUUUACGGCUUUUUCCUGUAGGGUAAUGAAUGAUGGCUUAACUAGCAAAUAGCACUCGUAAUUUAAAAUACUGGAAAUUCUUACUUCCAAGACAUUCCUUUUAGUUAUAGCUAAUAUUUUCUGGCAUGGGAGCCCAUGUAAGAACUGAGUGAUUCUCACAUUUAUUUAUUGUUUUCCUUCCUGUUCAAUGCUCUUCCAAAGCCAAAAUAAAAAGUACUUUACGAUUUA